AUGUCCGGCAUUUUAAAAACUAACUUCAGUGUUUCGUUUUCGCUUGUGUUGUGUGUUAUAAAUUAAUUGAGUAAAGCUUAUUUCGAUUAAAAUUAAUUCAAUUUAAAAAUAAUUAAAGUACUCAUCUUUAGUUAUGAAGAAAUAAAAAUAAAUUUACCAAUAAUGUUAUAUAUUUUCUUUAAAUACUUAGCAAAGUAAUAGCAAUUUCUUCGCUGAAGUAAUAAGAAGUUGGUGGUGCAAAAUGUACCGAAACCAAAGUGCAUGAAAGAGCAGAAAAUUAAUAGAGAUUGUAUGGUUGUGUGUGUAAAGUUUAAGAUAAGUGCAUUGAAAAUGUGGUUAAUAAGUUACCAAUGAAUUAAAGUAUACAAAUAUUAAAAGAGGCCCAUUUUAAACUGGUCGAGGACAACAAAACAAAUGUGAUCAAAAUUACUGUUUUUCUUUACUCUUGGUGAUACAUAUGUGCAUAUGUACAAAUUAAGAAUAUGUGAAUAACUGGUGAACGAAAUUAAUUAAAACACAGGGUUGAUUCAGUGAAAGAAACAUAUGUGCAAAGUCCAAGCAAACAAGAAGUAACAAAUUUGUUAUGCCCACAAGACGUAUGCAAUGCUGAACAGUGUUUUCCUUGUAAUAAGUGAUCGUAUUAAAGGAACAGGUGUCCAUGGUAUAAAAAUAAAAUUUGAAUGUUUUGGAUAUAUUAUAUGGAGUUAUACCCAAUGUAUCGCAUGACUUCCUUCAGUGAAACGAAAAUAGCUUCAUGCAUACAUAUAUUGUUCAUAAAUAAGUAAAAAGUAUCAAGAGCACCGAAACGAAAAGCGAUAACAAAAGAUACCAACCCAUCGUAAAGAUAAUAGCUGCACAUAUACCUAUUUCCUUUUUGUGAGAUUUGGUUAGCACUAGAUCGCUAUCAGCUAAUUAAUGUGGAAGCUUAAGAACGAAAAUGGAUUCGCCGAAGAGGGAGAAGGUAAACGUUAUGCAACCACAUCAUUACGAACAAACGUUAGAUUUACUAAAUACAAUUAAUAAUGCAAAUACGUCCACAAAUUUAAAUAAAAACGAGCAUGAAGUAAAGGGCACAAGCCAAAGUACUGACACUAGUGAAAUUUGUCGGGAUGAAGAAUCGAAUUUUUCACCAAUAAAAACAAUAACACCACCAAUUAGCAAAUCGGCAGGUGAGAAUUUAACCGAAGCAGCGCCAAAAACGAGUGAAGCUGCGGUUAACAAUAACGAAGAGACUGAAAAUGCGGCCAUGGUGUAUGUUGAUGCCUCGAAGAUGAGCACGGCAACACCCACAAACAUAAAUCCUAUUUCGAUACCGAAAACAAUGGUAAACACUUUAGCAAUUACAGCUAUUGAAGAUCCGAAAAAGAUGCAGCCUAACUCCAAAGUGGACGAAUUUGUGGUACCAGCCAUACCCGAUACCAAGGCUGGUGUUGGUGGGACUGGUACCAGUGCCAAAAAGAAACGCAAUAAAAGCUCUAAAAAACGAGAUGACAAUAAAGCACGCAACAAAGCAAACAGCAAUAAUAUUGGCAAAGGCGCCACAGAUGGGAAUCGAUGUCAGCCUCCAAUAAACGUCAUUCCUUCCGGUUCAGCCAAUAUGAAGGCCUCUGUUUCAAUGACAUCGCUGCCACCGGACGAUGAGAAGUCUGAGGGUCGUGACGUAAUUAAAGCUAAACUAAAUGUCGAACGUCCAUACAACAGUUUAAAAAAAAACAUAGAACGCAAUGCAGUCAACGCUACGUUGGGGGUAAGAGCUCACUGCUUCAGUCAAAGUCAAAGCAGUACCAGCAGUUUCGCAAACCACCGCUAUUCUUGGGGCAGCGGAUACAGUUAUAGUUCGUCAAGCCUACAAAGCAGUGCCACGUUUGGACUUGGCUCGGCUAAAGACGAUCUCUGGGCUGCCAUACAAACCAAUUAUAACUACAUUAUGGACACAAACCUUUUGGAUACAUGUAAAGAGACAGAGCGACAUCUUGCGGAUCACAACGUAGCUAACGGUGUGGAAUGUGAACAAUCACAUUGCGCUGAGUUGUUGGGUGUAACUCAGCGUCGCGAACUAUCGUGGCACGAUCCUAAAGAAUUACGCAAGUGGUUGCGUGAAAUGGAAGAACGUCUUGAGUUGGCUCCCACUUUGUCGACAGUUACUACAUUAACGACAGCGGAAUUGGAGCACUGUUUGGCAGAACACUCGGUAAGUAAAGCAGUUUCUGUACGAAUUAUAUGUGUUGAUUGCAGGUGAACGGUGUUGCAGAAUGGUUUCCUGCCACUUCUUUUUAUAUCAUUUUUUUAUAAAGCAGCAUUUUUAAAUGUAAAAGUUUCAAAUUAAGACUGAAAUCGACCGAAUCAAUAUUAUUGCAGUUAAGUAUUACAGUACAGUACAGCACUUGUAAAAAAUGAGUUCACGGAAAUGGAACUCUGAUUAUUUGCUUGUUCGGUGAAGUUGUGGAACGAUUACAUUACUUUUUGGUACCUUACCAUAAUGGAAUACACGAUUCAUUGUGAUAUCUCUAAUUUAUUCAUUUUUGAAAACAGAUCAGACCUUGCUAGUGUACCUUAUUGGUGAAAUUUCAUCAAGAUAGUUCACGUAUUUGAAGCAUUCAAUACUGUCGGCAAAAACUAGUAUGACUUUUUAAUUUAAAUUUCGCUCGAAAAGCCAUUCGUCGAAAUAUCUUUUUUCUAGGUUGGUAUGACUUUCACAUUUCUGGUGCCGAAUCAUUCAGAAUGUUGAAAAAGGCCUUCGGUGAUAAUUCUUUGUCGAGAGCAAGUGCAAUGGGUUUGUCCCUAUUAUUUCUGCCACCAGUGUACGUAUGUACCUAACCCUUUAUACUUACAUACUUUUAUAAUUUAAUUUUAUGGUGUUACAAAGAUUAAGAUGAAAUUUAAUUGUACAUUUUUGACAAGGUUUUGCUAGACCUAAAAUCCCCUCUACUUGGAUUUCAACUUGGAAGUAGCUCUGAUGAGGCAACAAUUUGUAGUAUAUUACUAUGAAAAUAUGUUGUUAGCGUUGCUUUUUGUCUAGCAUUCGUGGCUGUGGCUUAGAGUGAAAAAAUGAAAAAUACCAUAAAUCAAAUGGAGUAUGUAUGUUGCGCAAAAGCAAGCCGUGGCCACUGGGUAAUGCCAAUUAGAGAUGCGUCUUGAGCUAGUGAUGGAUGUAUAUACAUACUAUACAUAUGUGUGUAUGUUUAAAGACAAAUGACCUUUAAAUAUAAAAUACAACCAUGUACAAAGGCAUAUAUGUAUGUACAUGCAUAAAUAAGUGUGUAAGUGUGAUGUAAAUUGUGGCCGCACAGCGACAAACUAAGCUCUGUUGCACAUAUUGAGCCAACAUUUCGCAUUGUUGUCAGUUCAGUCAACGGGCAAAUAUAAAAACGAAAUCUGAUGCAAUUGUAUCUUCAUUCUACAGAGAUUAGCACGUUUAGUGUCGAAUGAUCCGUUCAUACAGUGUAUGUGAGCAGUUUUCCUAAAUACCUUGCGCUUGCCAUAAUUCCAGAUUUGCACAAUGUGCCGAAUGCAGUUUAAGCUUCAAGUCAUUUGAGUCUUGUUUAAGGGGUUCCCUGACCACACACUCCACUACUUGCAUAUCAUAUCGAAAUGCGCGAUUGAAUUAAUUAUUAUGAGCAACAGCAACAUAAUGUCGAUUCUGCGAAAGUUGCCAAAUGCUUUAUUGCCGAAAGUAGGCUGAGCCCACGGCCAAGAGUUCACAGCCCAUGCAGCAUUGUGCAAAUGCUAAUCGGGAUAACAACACUGUGCAAUUUGAGCAAUUGUCUUAUGCGCAAUGUGAUUGCAACCUCUAAGUACCGAUUAUAAUAUUUAUAAUUUUUUUUUUAAGUUAUGUCAGACUUUUCGGCACUUUCGCGUAUGCGGGUAUGCAGUGACAAGGAAAUAUAGUACAUACACAAAAACUCCAACAAUACAACACCCGCGCGAUGUUUCCUAAAACAUAAAACAAUAGUAUCACUGCGAUUUAGCGUUCAGCUUUGCUAGGAAAGACAUGACGGUAGUGUCUGGCGGUUGUUGUUGUUAUUUGUAAGUUGUAAGCGGGAGUAACGUCCAAAAUAAAGAUACUUUAAAUUAUGAUCACCAUAAAAACACGAUGUAACGAAACCGCCGCGGUGAGCAAAGGCAAGCGACCAUGCAACAAUUUUAUUAUUACUUCCCUGCUGGUUGGCGGUGGCGCGUGCCAGAAAGGCUAAAACGGAUUUGUUGGCUUAUUCAAUUCAUACAAAUGUAAUACGUAUCUAUUUAUGUAUGCAUGUACAAUAGCGGUGAAAAAAAUGCAGCACUUUAAUGGCAUUGAACAAGUUUAAAUUUGUUUUUUUAGUUUAUCACAUUUAAAUUUACAUACAGUUGCGAGCAAUAAAAUAUUUAUGUUCAAUUUUGAAAUAUUAUAUAUAGACCGGUCAAACCUUCAAAAAAUGUGGAACAACUCGUCGGAUGUUUAGGAGUAAUGAUUCGCAAUGGAAUAACACAGAUUCCAGAAAAAAUUUUUCAAAGGUUACCAAGCGCAAUACUGUCAGGUAUGCCAAAACUCGACCAAUAAUGUCUCUUCAAGAGUUCUGGGA